AUGAAGGGGUAUGGUAGAAGAAGGAAUCAAAUUGUAUCGAUUUCGUUUGGGAGAGGAAAUUCAGAAAUUGAUUUAAGUGAUUUCAGUGAGGAAGAUACAGAACAAGUUUCUUUAAUUGAAGAAGAUAAAGAACUAGAUUCACCAAAGGAGAAAUCUCUGGUUUCUGAUAAUGAUCUAAGCACAGAUACGCAUUCCGAAUUUACAAGUACUGGUAACCUUCCUAGUAGCUCUAGCGAGUUAUCUCAUAAUAGGUUAGAAUUAGACGCUUUCGAUUUCUUGGAUAAACCUCAAUCGUUGAAGAAAAGGAGGAAAAACUAUAAGAAACAGGCAUCAAUCGAUGUUGGCUCAGAUGAUGAGUCUAAAGAGGAUAUUCAUAAUUCAUUGAAAGGAACUUUAGAUGAUAUCGACUCAUUCCUAUCUUCUUUACAAGAUGCUACUUCCGAAUCAAUCACUUCUACUAUUCAAGAUAAUUUUAUGGAGAAGGAGAAAGUUGAAGAUAUUUUAAUUAAUGAAAAUGAAGGUGGUCAGUCUCGAAAAUUGUAUGGCAGGAAUCGUACAAUUUUAACUAAAGAGUCCACGAGCAGCGACGAGGAAGAGGAAGAGGACAACGAGGAUGGGCAAUGCUCCCUAACCAAAAAUUCAAAAUUAUCAGAGCAAUCUGGCAAGGACAGCGUCACAUCUAGCCCCAAGAAUAGCGAAAUUGCAAAGACACAUCAUUAUAAUGAAUUGAAAAAUAUGGGUAACAUGCUUCGAUUUCAAGAUGAUUUAGAAUUCAUUACAGAAGAAUCACCCCAAGAAAUAAGUAAAGAAUCAUUCAUAUCUAAACUUUUAAACCUAUCUUUGACAAUGAAUAGUGAUGAAGCAUUUUUAGCAUAUAUCAAUAAGCAUUCAAAUAAGGAUAUUUAUCAAUGGUGCUUCCAGAGGGAUGAGUUCGAUAAUCCUUUAGUUCUUCUAUUAUUAGGUUUCAUAACUAGUAAGUUGCCUAUAAGUCAGGAUUUAUUACCUGCUAAUUUUGAUAAAUUUAUAAGACGUUUAAGUUUACAAGAAAAACUCCCUCCAGUAACCAUCGCUGGUAAAAAAAUGGUACAAUUAAACUAUAAAGAUUUCUUAACCAAGACAAAUAAUAAUACAUGCUUGACUUACUCUACGUUACUUUGGAAGAAUUAUGGUAAGAAUCUGUUCAAAUCUUCAAAUGUCAUAGUAGAUAUUUGUAAAGUUUUAAAUAGAUAUAACAAUUGCGAAAAUGAGGAUAUAAUAGUGGCUAUAUUAGCACUGAUUGAGACUAUUGCUUCAACAGGUUGUCUAGAUUUAGAGACCACUCGAGAAUCACUUGACAUAUUAAUACCAUUACUAGACGAACGGAUAAAUAAUGAAACUUACAUUAAGGUAUUAAUUUUAUUGAGCAAUUCCUCAGAGUCAUUGACAUCUAUUACCAACAAUAAUAAAAGUAAAGUUGUCAACAAAACAUUACCAUUUAUUGCUAGGAAUAUACUACCGUUAAGCAAGGAUAAGGUAGAUUUGGUUAUUUUAAAUUUAGCGCUAAGCUUAAAUUUCAUUUCAGAGGGAGACUCUCGACUAAGUCUCGAUGAAUCUAUUGUUUCAAGAUACAAAGAAAUCUUCAAUAGAGUUACUUCAUUAGUAAGAACGAGGGAACAGGAAAAUCAUACAUUUUUAUUCAACAUGUUCUUUUUAAAUUUUACAUAUAUUUCAAAAAUUGCUAAUAUAUCGUUAACACAAGAAGAGAGAGAUGUAUUAAUACAGAAAUUGCAUGAGUUUCAUAAUGUAACAAUAAAAUAUAACGAAAAUCUUCUUAAGAAGAUAGAUGAUGCAUUAGAUAUGAUUACAUUACAUAAUAAAAACUAA